AUGACUUCGAAUCCUGGCCUUCAAUCAAUAUCAGAUCUUACAGCCUCAACCCACUUAACUACAGGAGAUAUUCCACCACCACUUGUAGGUUCCUCUACAACUGUUAUAGACACUCGAUUAUAUUUAUUCGCGGGACGUCUUGUAUCUUCUCGACGAAUGACAAAUGAAUUAUACGUACUUGAUUUAGAAACAUAUGUAUGGACAAAAUUUCAAGAUCCUGAUCAAAUAGCACCUAAAGCUAGAUAUUUUCAUUCCGCUAAUCAGUACAAGAAUUCAAUCGUAUUUUUUGGUGGUAUGGGAUAUUCAAAAUCUUCAAAUGAUGGUUUAUGUGUGUUAGAUGAUGUGUCUAUCUUCGAUUUGGACACUUUCACUUGGAAUCAUCCUGAGAUAUCACCUUCACCUUCUUCUCCAAAACCAAGAUAUGCUCAUUUGGCUGCUGUAACUGCAAAUAAGUUGAUGGUGGUAGGUGGUCAAGACAUGUCCAACUCUUAUAUUGAAGAAAUUAAUGUGUUGGAUUUGGAUGAAAAGACUUGGACCUCAUCACGACCUUUUGAAAAACAUUGCGGUGCAUAUCGUUCGGUGGCAGUUAGUAGCACUAAUCAUACUAAUUUCCCAUUAUUUAGUAAUAAUAUUAGUGACUCUUCUUCAAUUGCGUCGUUUGAUGACUCAACCUCCUCUUCUCCUUCGAAUUCAUCAGACUCAAACGUUACUACACCUUUGAGAAAGUCAACUUCUCAGCAGGCUUUACCCACCACAAAUAAUAUUUCUAAUCCCAUUCGUAAACCACCAUCAGUUGGUGCUUUCAAUCGUUCAGGUUCUCUACGUAGAACGCCUUCAGGUCAAACCCUUAUGCGCUCACGUUCUAUCAAAAGAUUACAAUCUUCGGGCAGUUUAUUUUACCGACUUUCAUAUACGACUAGUGUUACUGAAGAAAAUCCGAAUCCAAUUUAUUUAUAUUCGAAUUAUAAUUUUACUGCUGUGAAACGUGAACUACAAAUUAUCGCACCACCUACAACGUCAAAUUAUCAAAUCAUGGAUCAUUCUUCAAAUAUGACGGGUGCAACCUUACCUCCGGGUCUUCGUUUCCCAACUGGAACGAUCCUUGGACAGCAUCUUAUUAUAUCAGGAACCUACUUAACAAACACUAGUCAAACUUUUAGUAUAUGGGCUUUAAACCUUGCAAAUCUGGUUUGGACACGGAUUGAUACUGGUUCAUGUUUCUUACAAGGUUCAUGGAACAGAGGUAUCCUUUGUGAAUCAGCAAACAAAUAUUUUGUACUUGGUCACCGCGAUAGAUCACUUGUUGAUGAUUAUAAUCAUCGACAAACAAAUUUCGAUCAUGUAACUGUUGUAGAUUUGGAAGCAUUUGGAGUGUAUCAACCGCCACCUGCUACAAUGGCCACGAAUGCGCAAGAAUUAGGAUUGACGUUAUUGAACGAUACUAAUCUGGCGGAUUUUGAAAUUGUAACGCAAGACGAUAAGCGAAUACCUGUUAAUUCACAAUUAUUAUCACAAAGGUGGCCGCAUUUUAAGGCAUUAGUUGAUCAACAAGCGGACAGAGCGCCAAAACCAAAAUAUGAUCAAGAGACGGUAAAAGAUCUGGAUGAUGAGCCGAUAUUAAUGUAUCAUCAUAGGGCCCUAGAGUUUCCUGAGCCAUACUCCGUUACAUUGGCAUUUUUACAAUUUCUAUAUACUGAUCAUCUUCUUACAUCGCAACAACAUCAGCCUCAAGUUUUGGCGCAACUGUUGCUGCUGGCGGAUAUGUAUGAUUUAGAUCGUUUACGACAGUUGGCAUCACAUGCAUUACAUCAAUCUUUAAGUAUGUCAACAGCUGCAUUAAUUUAUGAAACAGCUGCACUUUCACAUCGAACGGGUUUACAAAUUCGUGCUCUUAAGGUCAUGAUUGCCGCAAAGAAAAUGCUUCAACAGCAACAGCAGCAAAGGGAUCCGACAGUGUCACGAGGAGGCAGCGUAUCAUCAACUCGCAUUUCAAUGGUUGACUCUGAUAUUUUAUCUUCUUCAAGUUGGGCAAACCCUGCAAGUCCUCCUUUAACGGCAGCUAUAUCAUCUGACACGAGAUCAUCUUAUUAUGAUCCAUAUUCAACGUCGAUAAAUUUGUCAUCACAAACUACACCUAUUCAGACAAGGACACGAUCUUCGUCAUCCGUAUCGGCUUAUAGUGGUUCAAUAUCUAAUCGUGGAUAUUUACCUACCAUACAAGAUAGUGUACAGCAGAAUGAUGUUAUGACUGGAGAACGAUCAAAUACUCCAACACCAACUCAGCGUUUACGAGCCACAAGAUCGAAUAGUUCACUGGCUUCAUCGGCAAGGUCUACUAGAAGUCAUGCAGCGAGUACAACUACGUUUGGCAGUAACAAUGUACCAAUACAUCAACAGUCAAUGUCAUCAGAACGUGUAUAUCAACAAGAAUCUGUUGGUUAUGCUGGUGGUGGUUUAACAGGAUUUUAA